AUGCCGGGAAACAUCACAACUCACCACGACGACACCACGCCCGAGUCGAGCGACGGUGAUCAGCAUGAACGUGACCAUGAAGAACACGAAGGAGAACACAAGGGACCUCCCGGUGGCUUUGACAAGACUCCCCUUCCUGAUGCCCCCCAAGGAUACACUAUUCGCUUCGUCUUUCACGCCGCGUCCAACAUCCCGGUUGCGGAUUUCCACACGGGAUCCUCAGAUCCCUUCUUAGUAGCAACGCUCAAGGGAACGCAGCCGAAGCGUCACAAGGAAGACCCCGAUUUGAAAUACCGAACGAGAACCUUGCACCGAACUACGGAGCCGAAGUGGGAGGAAGAAUGGGUUGUGUCCAACGUACCUCCUACCGGCUUCACCCUCAAGUGCAGAAUGUACGAUGAGGAUGUUGCAGACAAGGACGACAGGCUCGGCAAUGUUACCAUCAACGUGGGCUCCAUCUCUGACGACUGGGCAGGAAUUCCUCCCCCAGGCCAGGAGUUUGAGGCCAAGAAGCGUGUCAUGAGCAAGAGAGCUUUCAUCCUCAAAGGAAUCACCAGCGCCAUCGUACAUGGAACCCAUCUCGCCCCUCGGCUGCGAAUCAGCAUGGAAGUCCUGGGCAAGUCUGAGCCUCCGUUUGCGCAAAUGUGCACGCUGGCUCCGACGAGAUGGAUCAAGCACAACAGUCCCAUGAUUGGCCGCCUAAUCGGCACAAAGGUGAAUGCAAACGAGAGUGACGACGAGAAGGGGCAUGACGGGAGCGACGAUACCCCCAAGUCUCAGAAAUAUGACUUCCAAGCCAACGAGUUACAGCUUCAGGGCCCUGUUCCUUCGGUCCUUUACCACCGCUACGUGGAAUUCAGGCCAGUUAUCGGCUCGCUCUUUUCAUCCACUGGCAUCCGUGGAACCAUAUUAAACAAGGCUCUGCACAAGCAGCACCACAGGAUUUACAAUUACAGCAGUUCCACUGAAUACGGUAACUUUGAGCCAUGCUCUAAGCAAGCAUCGCUUCAGUUCCUCAGGAUGGCGCACUUUGACGAAGGCGGCCGUAUCUUUACGUACGUGCUUACUCUGGACGGACUGCUUCGCUUCACCGAGACGGGCAAGGAAUUCGGCAUCGACUUCCUGAGCAAGCAUACCAUGCACGCAGAUGCCGAGAAAUACAUUGCUUGCUCAGGAGAGUUCUUCAUCCGCAGGCUGCAGCAUCCAGAUUCCAACGACAGCCCCGAGCCUAACGAGAAAACGCACCCGUCCGAGCCUAUCCCCGGUGGUCCGCCAACCCAACCGCCACCUCCCAAUCCUGCAUUCUAUCAGCUCUACAUUGACAACGAAUCUGGAACAUAUCGCCCUGACAAGUCCAUUUUGCCAGAUCUCAAGGGCUUCUUGGAGAAGAACUUCCCCGGCUUAGGUAUCGUCAUCAUGAACGUUGAAGAUGAACGCCUGCAGAAGCUCAAGGAAGAGCAGCGGGCUAUCAAGAAAAGCGAGGGCAAAAUCAUGCAGGUAGUCAUGAACAGUAGCACCGAAAGCCUCAGCUCUGUGGAGAGCGAGCUGGACGAACGGAACGAGAACUGGGAGUCGGGAAGAAAGAGCAAGCUGGAGGCGGCGCAUUCGGCGUUGAGGAACCCCGAUGCGGAACAUAUCAAGGCGGCUGUGGAAGUGAUGCUGCCACACCGCGAGAAAAAGGAGGAAUAAGCAAAAAGAGGAGGAGGGGGGGGGAGGGGGAUUAAAGAGUUGUCCGAGAAUCUCUAUGACUGUAUGGAUAUGAUAUGAUACCACUCUUUCCUUCGAUUUGUUGUAUUACCGUUGUUGUUGCUGAUAAUGUAAUGUUCGAAUCCAACGAUUUCUUGAU